CAUGGUUUUUUUUUCCACCUGCUGGUUGGCAUAACCGCUUUUGUACCUUUCCGUUUCGCCUCGGUGGCUCUUGGCGUAUUAUGAAUGAAAAAGAACAGAUAAACGCUCCUCUCCAGUCAGUCAUGAAUGGAGUUGAGCAAGAAAAGCAACUAGCAACUGAAGCCCUCGCCGACGCCAACAAGCAAGUACAAGAAACCGCUGGAAACGCAAAAGUCUAUGUCUUUGACGAGGACAUGUCGCCUGAGCAGAAGAAGGCGCAAGCUCAGGCCGCGCUUCCGGACACCUUUCAAGGCAAAGACACAGGCGGUAAAGCAGACUCCAUGCCUACUGAUUUGGGGACAAACGACGCUUCUACUGUAGCAGCAGCCCUUGCAAGUGCUUCUGCGGCCCCAGCUGCAACCUUACAGGGAGCUCCUGGCGCCUAUCCUACUCAAAAAAGCAACGGUCUCCCUGAAUGGUACAAAGUUGGAUGGACAUCCUUUUCCGAUCUACCUAACCCUGGAGACGAAAAGGCUGUUGAAGAGUACAAGGCUACUGUUGCCUCGACUAGUCAAGCUGACUUGCUUCCCGAAAAGAACGCUGACAUGCUUGCUGACUUUCUCAAGGAAUCUUAUUAUGGAGAGUGGUAUCACAAUGCAGGUGUGAUCUUAUUCACUGUAGUCUUCACUUGGUUUUUGGCACGUAUCGGUAGCGGAUUGAUGUCGUGCUUAGUGAUUGGCGCGUUCUUAGCUACUUAUUACCAAACAUCCAUACGUCGACUGCGUAGAAAUGCCCGUGACGAUGUUCAAAGAGAAUUGGUGAAGGCACGUCUGGAAACCGAUGUCGAAACUGUUGACUGGAUGAACUCUCUUCUGGACAAAUUCUGGUUGAUUGCCGAGCCUGCUAUUAGUGCUCAAGUUGUCGGUACUGCCGAUGCUAUCUUGGUGGAAAAUACCCCAUCCUUCCUCGACUCGAUCCGACUUACGACCUUUACCAUGGGUACUAAAGGACCUCGCAUUGAAGGUGUAAAAUCAUACCCUAAAACUGACCCCAACGUUGUCGCUAUGGACUGGAAGGUUUCAUUCACACCUAACGACAUCUUGGAUAUGACCAAGCGAGAUGCACAGGCUAAAGUAAACCCAAAGAUUGUGCUUACUGUCCGCCUUGGCAAAGGGUUUGUUUCAGCUCCUGUCCCUAUUUUGGUUGAAGACCUUGCUUUCACUGGCCAUAUGAGAAUCAAAUUGAACCUCUUCAAUGAAUUCCCCCAUGUCAAGACGGUUGAAGCUUGCUUCUUGGAACAGCCUACUUUUGACUAUGUACUUAAACCUGUUGGUGGUGAAACCUUUGGAUUCGACAUUAACAAUAUCCCUGGUUUGCAAUCUUUUGUUGCCGAACAAGUUCACGCAACACUUGGCCCCAUGAUGUAUGCUCCCAAUGUCUUUACUGUUGAUGUCGCCGGUAUGAUGGCGGGUGGUACGGAUUUGGAGGCAGCAAACGGUGUUCUGGCUGUCACUAUCUACUCCGCUUCUGGAAUUAAGAGCGGCGACAUCUUUGGUAGUAUUGACCCUUACAUUACCUUCCACACUGGAAACACAAAGAACAAGGAACUGGCCCGCACAUCUGCCGUUGAAAACAGUACAUCUCCUCGCUGGAAUGAGACUCACUUCAUUCUACUCAAUAACCUCAAAGAGACUCUAUGCUUGCAACUCAUGGACAGAAACGUCGGUCGCAAGGACGCAGCUCUAGGUGUCGUCAAUCUCGAACUUAAGGAACUGGAAGAAAACGACAAUCUACUAGAAGGAUUGAAUCUCAUUGCCUUGAAAAACGGUAAAGCUAUUGGUGAAAUCAAAGCCGAUGUCAGAUACUACCCUACUGCCAAACCUACUACGUUGGAGGACGGUACCAUCCAGCCAGCUGCUGCAUCCAAUAGUGGUAUUCUUCGAUUUACCGUUCAUGAAUGCUCUGAGCUUAGUGCUGGUAAAAGUGGCGGCAUUGGUGUCCCACUUCUUGGAGGCGGAGCUGUCAGCGCUUACGCGAAGCUCAAGGUUAACGGCAAGGAAGCUUUGCGUACAAAGACGUUUAAGCGAAGCAGCAACCCACGUUGGGACAAAUAUGUCGAAGUAUUUGUUGCCGACAAGACUAAGGUGAAUCUCAAUAUCGAUGUCAUGGAAAGCAAAGAGUUCGCCGACGACUCCCUUAUCGCCACCUGGAAAUCCACUCUCACUGCAGUUGAGAAGCAGCUUGUGGAAGAUAAAUCCGAAUGGUGGAGUUUGAACGACGGUCGUGGCAAGAUUCACGUCUCCUCUAUCUGGAAGCCUGUGGUCAUGACUGGACUUGGAGAAGGAAUGAACCACGUGUCCUACUCACCUCCUAUUGGUGUCGUUCGUUUCCACUUUUUCGGUGCUACCAACUUGAAGAACGUGGAAGCAUUGACUGCCGGUAAAUCGGACCCAUACGUCAGAGUUAAGUCUGGCUUGCAUACUAGAGGUCAAACUGAAUUCAUUGAUGACAAUCUCGAUCCCGACUGGAACGAAGUGGUGUACGUACCUAUCCACUCCAUUCGCGAAGAUUUGGUUUUGGAAGUUAUGGACUUCAAUGAAAAUACGAAGGAUAAACUUCUGGGUCUCACCGAUUUGUCCAUCAAGUCUAUCGUCAAAGAAGUUGAAGCUGCAAAUGGUCAGAAGAUGUAUGAAAGUUUGCCCGCUAUCGAUAAAACUGUCGACCUGACUACAGAGGAGCGCCAAAAGGGCAAAGGAAAAUUGCAUUAUGCUGCUUCGUUCUAUCCAACUUUGGCUCUGGCAAAGGCUGCCGAAAAGCCUCAAACUGAAGCCGAAAACGGCGAGGUGAAGAAACCUGCUGAAGGCGAAGUCGCUGCAAACGCUGAUGUCGCCACGGACGAGUUGCCUGAACGCGAUUUACAUGGAGAGCUUAUCAAAUACACUCCUGACGACAGGAUUGACUUGCUAUCUUAUGAAUCUGGUGUCUUGAUUGUCAAUAUUCAAGAGGUCGAAUUGCCAAGACCUGAGAAAGUGUAUGCCGAAAUCUUGCUUGAUGCUAAUGAUUCUCAGUACAAGACUGCUAAAUUGAAGGGUACUCAUCUGCCUUUCCAUGAAACGAGCGAUGCAUUUGUCAAGGAGAUGGACUUUGCCAAGGUUGUUAUUCGUGUUAAGCAAGCGAGAGAUGGCGAUAAAGACGACAAUCACAUUGCUUCUUGGAGCGGUCAAGUCAAGGAUCUCGUUCGAAAGAUUCAAGACAACAACAAAAAACAUAUCGAAAACAGCGAAGAUGAUAAUGAUGGCGAGAUCUUUAACUUGAUGGACUGCAAUGGUGGUACCAUCAAGUUAAACUUUGACUUUAUUCCCGUCAUCAAUUUCAAGUUGGAUCCCAGUGAAAGUUUAGAAAACCAAGGUAAUCUCACCGUCACUCCUCUCAAAGGACAUAACUUCCCUGCAGCCGACCGAUCUGGUACAAGUGAUCCCUAUAUUGUGUUCUUGCUCAACGGACAAAAAGUCAAGAAAACAGAAGUGUACAAGAAAAAUCUCAAUCCUACUUUCGACAAAGAUGAACUCUUCGUCGUUCCUAUUCCAUCACGAACUGCAGCUAGCUUCCGUGUUGAGGUGUUUGACUGGGACCAAAUUGGCAAGGAUACACUGCUAGGAACUGGUGAAAUUCCAUUGGCAGGAAAUAGUGUCGAGAGUUUCGGAUCAAAACAAAUUGAGAUUCCUAUCUCUGGCUCAUCAGGAGGCAACUCAUCGUUGACACUGCGAUUGAUGUGGCAACCACAGCUAUUGGCCAAAAAGAAGACCCAUACCGGUUUCUUAGGCUCUACUACAAGAGCAUUCACAGGUGCUCCUACUGCUGCUUUCGGUGCUGGUCGCACUCUCGUUGGAGGAGGUGCUCAUGUCACUGGUGGUGCUCUUGGUGCAGGUGGUAAGGCAUUUACCGGCGGUGCAAAUGCUCUUGGCGGAGGUGUCAAUGCUCUUGGAUCUGGUCUUAAAUCUGGAAUGGGCUUUUUAGGCGGUAAGCCAAAGAGCAAACCUCAAGAAGUCACUCCACAGCCAUCUGCUCCUGCACUUUCCCCAACAGCUAGUAAGAAUAGCGAUGACAACGCCAGUCUCUCCAGUCUGACAACCCCGGUAAUGUCUCAGUCAACUAGUAGCAUCGGUAAGCAUACAUUUUAUUUCAUCAGUACACCAAAAUAGCGACAUGACUGAUUUUUUAUUUUUAUUUUAUUUUGGCCUUAAAGGUACCACGGGCGAAGAUGGUACACUUGUCAUCAGUUUGAUUGGAGCAAGAGGUCUCAAAGCCAUGGAUCGUGGCGGUACUAGCGAUCCUUAUGCUCGUGUUCGUAUUGGCAAGAACGUUGUUGCCAAAACAAAACACAUCAAGAAAACUUUGGAACCACAAUG